AUGGCGUCAAUGUUUAGGCCACCGGAGUCGGCCAGAGGCAGCUCGAAAUCUCCCAAGUUGACCUUGCCGUCGUCUUUGAAGAGCUCUUCGGGCGAGAUGCCCACUCCAGCACUGGGGCCGGUUUCCAACCUGGCAUCUCCUAAAUCGUCGUCUUCUUCACAGACGCUCACAUUCCCGAGACCAGAGAAUUCGUCAUCGUCAUCCUCGAUCAACACCUUGAAGAAAAGACCAAUACCGCCGCCUAUCCCACCUCUGGCGAUUCCAAUGAGCGCUGGCGCAGGAACGCCAGACCGCACCAGCUUCACCGAGUCGCUGGCAAAAAUGAGGAUUGACGAACCAGAAACGCACCACGCGAGAACGCCGUCUCGCGAAAGACUGCUCGAAAAACAUUCCGACGGUGGUGCUGCAUCCGUCUCGGCGUCUCCCUUGAAGAAUGCUUUGGCGGACGUGGAUACAUUAGACGAGGAGACGUGGCAAUCAGGAAUUGUCAAGGACCAAAUUGUGACCAUGGGGGUACUGGGAGAAGGCGCUGGUGGCUCCGUGACUAAAUGCAGGCUCAAGUCGGGAUCGAAGGUUUUCGCCUUGAAAACCAUCACAACGGUUAAUUCUGAUCCUGAAACCCAGAAACAGGUCUUUCGCGAACUGCAAUUCAACCGCAGCUGCAACUCUGAGUACAUUGUGCAAUACUAUGGGAUGUUCACAGCCCCCACAAGCUCUUCGAUAUACAUUGCGAUGGAGUAUAUGGGCGGCCGGUCGCUGGACGCCAUUUACAAGCAUCUGCUGCAAAGAGGCGGCAGGAUUGGAGAAAAAAUCAUUGGAAAGAUCGCGGAGAGCGUUUUGAAGGGUCUUUCUUAUUUACAGGAGCGCAAGAUAAUACACCGAGAUAUCAAGCCCCAAAAUAUCUUACUCAACGACGUGGGCCAGGUAAAACUCUGCGACUUUGGCGUGAGUGGCGAGGCGGUCAAUUCCCUAGCCACGACCUUCACAGGCACGUCUUUCUACAUGGCUCCCGAGCGGAUUCAGGGACAGCCCUACAGUGUGACCAGCGAUGUUUGGUCUCUGGGACUGACGCUGCUCGAAGUUGCCCAGGCAAAAUUUCCAUUUGAUUCUGGCAAGGUGGCUGCGAACAUGCCGCCAAUCGAGCUGCUAAUGCUGAUAUUGACAUUUACUCCAGAGCUCCGAGACGCACCGGAGCUCAAAAUUGUGUGGAGCAAGUCUUUCAAAUCAUUUAUCCAGUACUGUCUCAACAAGGAGCCUCGCGAUAGACCAUCGCCGCGUCAGAUGCUGCAGCAUCCUUGGAUAGUGGGGCAGAUGAAAAAGUCUUGCAACAUGCAUAAGUUCGUGCUCCGGUGCUGGGAGGAGUAA